AUGGAAGCAUAUACAUUUGAUGAUUUAUCUAUGCUUCAACAGGAUUUCUUUCAUCGCAAAACAAACAGUUCGCACCGUCCAUUACAGAACAUAUUGUGUCAUAAUGCACAGGAAUCUUCAUAUCGAUUUGUUAACCCGGAAAUUAAUUAUAUGAACCAAGUUAUACACGAGUAUUAUUCUCCAGAUCAAUAUAUGUACCUCGCUGAUUCUUCUAAAACUCAUUGUUUUAUGGCUCUUGAAGUUGACCUUGUUGAAGCAUUGCUGCAUGAAAUCUAUCAUGGUAUGGAAUUUUUGAGUAAAAAAGAUAUCAUAGAUUCUGGGGAUGGGACUUUCCACAUUAAAAUAUCUAAAAUAUGGGGCCACUUCUGUUUUUAUUUUAUAUCAAUGAUUUACCGAACUGUUUACAACACUCUACAGCACGUAUGUUCGCCGACGAUACUAACAUUACAGUGUCCGGUAAAUCAAUUAAGGAAGCUGAGGUGGCCGUUAAUGCUGAUCUCAAUAAUAUCAGAGAAUGGCUUCUAUCAAACAGGCUUUUAAAAUGGCUUCUAUCAACCGCGUGUUUUUAUUGGGGAUGAACCAAUUAAAGGGGUUCAAGUUACAAAAACUCUUGGAGUCAAAAUUGAUCAAUUUUUAACUUGGGACAGUCAUAUUGACCAAAUUUAAAAAAAAAUCUUCUGGAAUAAGUGCCAUGAAAAAGAUAAAGGAUUUCACUAAUUCUGAUACUUUGAAGUCAGUCUAUUAUGGUCUUGUCCAACCCCAUUUCGACUACUGUUGUGAAGUUUGGAAUUCCAUUAAUAGAGGCCAGUCUGAACGACUACAAAAACUUCACAACAGAUGUGCUAGAAUUAUAAUGAACUUUAAAGAUGAGCCUGGGCAAUCUCAACUGGCCCUCGAUCAAUUAGGGUGGAUAAGCUUGGAAGAAAGGCGAAAACAUAUUAUGGCCCGUUUCAUGUUUAAGAUUGUCAAUAAUUUGGCAUCAUCGAGGUUCUCAUCAAUGUUCCAGAAUUCUAACCAUAUCCACAGUUAUAAUUUACGAGGUUCAAAUUCGUCUCUCUUUCUGCCACGACCAAAUACCAAGUAUGGCAGAAAAUGUUUUCGAUAUAGUGGGGUUAAAAUCUGUAAUAGCAUUCCUGAACAAGUAAGAAACAGCGAAUCUUUAAAUUCUUUCAAUAGAAAUAUUUCCUCUGUUAGUCUGACGAAUUAGCUAUUUGACUUUUGUAUACCAUUUGUUUUGUAAUAUGUAUUUGUAUUCGUAGUUCUUAAUAUCCUUAGUGAUUUUGUAUUUUAUAUAUUUUUGUUACAUAAUUUAUCUACGCCCCACUUGGAAAGCAGCUCCGGUUGAAGUGGCCAGCGUAGUCAAAUAAAGUUUUAUCUUAUCUUAUAGAUUCGGGUUUAAGCCAAAAUGUUCCAACGACAUUAGAUGAUUUGCCAACCAUACCAGACGUAGACCUAGCAACGACUAAAGAAUGUUAUAAAAGUGGAUACCCCGUGGAUCAGACGGGAUUAGACUGUUUUGAUGAUACUUUUGGAGAUUAUUGUAUCAUGUUGUGUGAGGAAUUUGGGGAUAAAGACUGCAACAGAACGAUGUCCAAGUCUGUGGCCCCUAGCGGCCAGGUGCAGAAAACACUAAAAAACAAGGAAGUACCGCUUUUAUUGACUUCUCCCUACAAAGACGAAGUCGCUGAGAUACUCAAAGAUGCAUUAGAGGACGGAAAUUUUGGAGUGGUCCCAUUUACCAAUGAUGAUAAGAAGAAUAAUACAUCAUGUAAGGCCAGUAAGGGUAUAUAUGAAUUACCAGAUCUCGAGUCACAAUGCAAUUUAAGUCGACACAUAAGAACAGAGGAAACGUUUGUGAAAGCCGAGGGUAACAAACCUCAGGGUAUGAAGCGAUCAGGUUUAAAACGAGUACGUGAAGAAGAAAAAGACGAAAGGUACUGGAAACGAAGAAUGAAGAAUAAUGCAGCAGCGAAAAAGUGCCGGGAAGCAAGGAACAAUCGUUAUACUUUGAUGAAGGAACGAAUCAAGGAACUUGAAAUUGAAAAUGCUGAGAAGAGCGAACAUAUAAGAACUCUUAAACAGAAAGUAUUACAGUAUGAAGAGAAAUAAAUGUGUUCUAUAUUGAUUGCUAGCGGCAAUAUACAGUAGUUAAAAAACUCAUUAAUAAUUCAUGAGGAAAAUACAAAAGAAAUCACUGCCGUAUCGGUGAUUUUAUAUGUGAUGAAAAAUCAUGUUCGUUAAUUAAUAUAAACUUUAGCCUUGAUUUUCUUGUAAUUUAUUCAAUUAAAUGUGACAUUACUUAAAUUUCGUGUUUAAUUUAUUCGCUUAUGCUCUUAUAUCGAGGAGACAGCCUUCUGAACUGAUUUUCCUGCCCUGGUGACUAGCGUGCAACACCCGCGCAAACCUCGUAUACCUAUAACUAUAUAUAUAUAUAUAUAUAUAUAUAUAUAUAUAUAUAUAUAUAUAUAUAUAUAUAUAUAUAUAUAUAUAUAUAUAUAUAUAUAUAUAUAUCGUAUACCUAUAACUAUAUAUAUAUAUAUUCUGAGUGUAGAUUGCCCGAUUUCUCAGUUGAUUGCCCGAUUUCUAACUAGAUUGCUCGAUUUCUAAGUAGAUUGCUUGAUUUUUCACUAGAAUCUGCCCGUUUUUUAAGUACUGUAGAAUCUGCCCGAUUUUUAAGUAAUCUGCUCGAUUGAAAAUGAUUAGGUGCUCCAACCCCCUCCCCUCUCCCUAGCCCCUCCCUCCUACACCUUGCUAACCCUCUCCCUAGCCCCUCCCUCCUACACCUUGCUUACAAGAUAGCUGCGGAUUGAAAGGCUAGGCUAGCUCCCGACGAAGGGCUUUCGCUCGAGACGUCGAGGUUCCGCUUAUAUUUUUAAGUUAGUUGUGUCUCUCAAUCCGUAGCCGUCUUUAUGUUGGGCAUUUCCUGUGCUAAAAUUAUUUCUUAAUUCCCACCGCUAGCAGUUGGUAAAUGUUUUUUUUAUAUAGGACGGAACGGUACCAGAGGAGACGGUUAAAUUUGGCCAUGAAACGAUGUACCUCUAUACGUGGGCACAAAGAAGACAGUAUGCUGCAUUUAAGGAUCUUCUUGGUCCUGGAAUAAAUUUACAUUUGAAGGUAUAGAAAUUUCUCUUUGUAUAAUUUUGUGGGUUAUAGUCUAAAAAAACGAAUCUCUUAAGACUUCUUAGUCCCAGAUAAAAUAAUUAAUUUUUUAAUCGAAGAUAUGGGUUCCUUACUCUAAUUUUCGGAACUUGUGAUUACAAAUAGCGCCACCACGUCUACAGCUUGACGUUUGUAUGUACGAUUUCACAACCAUGCAUCCGUUUGAUUUCCAGUAAAUAGUGUACUGUCAAAUUACUCAUUUUUAUUGGCUGAGAGCAUGCAGUGCAGUUUUGUUGUUAUAUAUACAGGUCUUCAGUAGAAUUGAAGAAGAUGGUCGCAUGAGGACAAUGUUAUCAUCAAAAUAAUUUGGAAAGAGCCCAGCCCAAAAUAUAUUUAAAAAUAUUUUUAUACAGAUUUAAGCAAGGUGUCAUAACGGCAGGUGCAUGUAUGCAUGCUGACUUAGUUAGAGGGGUGUUCAUAUGACGUCGCAGCAGUUAAGGGCCGGGUUCUUUGCGACUUAUGACCGUUGCCCUGAUUGCAACACUUUCCAUAUUUUUGACUUUCCUAGUUACAGCAUAGUUUUGCGCUUCAUUAGGCUGUCACUUCGUUUCACAACACAAAUUCAAAGCAAUGUUGAGGCUGUUCUAAAGCCAUAUAUAGAAAGGAUGAAUUGUGAAACUUCAAGUUCCACCCUGUCCUCCCCACAAGCAGAGGAACAGACACCCCAGACCCAUGCAAGCUGAUUAGGUAAACUCAAAUUUCUCUGCAUAUUACGGACCCAGCACAAAGUCCUGAAAAUUUUGCAUAUAUUUAAAACAAUUAUACUGGCUUACUGUAUAUCGUUGACGUUACUUUUAGGAGAAUCAAUUAUUAAGGGAAAUCUUCGAGCUAGGCCCACCUGUUAAAGUUGAUGCUGGUGCCAAUGGGAAAGCAUCGAGAGAUCGAAGGGUAAGUAUAUGCGAUACAUAGAAUAUACAUCUUACAGUAGAAGACUAUCGAUGAUCACAUAUUGUAUCUUGAUAAUUUGUAAUAAUCGUAUGGACCACAGACCAUGAUUCUACUAUGAUUAGGCUAUACUAAGGCCCGGUUUAGACGCCGUACCUUUCAUGAGCCGAACCUAAUUCAUAUUUAGUCGACUAAAAUAAACGUUUAUUUAAUUUUGAUUCAAACAGGCGAACUUUUCAUGAGCCGUACUUAAUUAACUGCGCCUCUUCCCUUCAAUUCCUCGGGCGUGUGACGUUCAUAACAACAAAAAUGGCGGUAGUUUUGAAAUCUAAUAUCAUACGAUCUUCGUAGAUUAAACAGCUAUGCAAACCAAGCCUGGACGGAAAAGGGUUAUUUUCAUAAGAAAAUUGCUUGCGAAGAACAAAACAAGAAGAAAAUUCAUAAUAUCUUGAUAGCCACUGUUACUUUGAGAGGAAUAGUGUUGCGAACUGCCAUGUUUUACUGCCAUAAUGCAUUCGAUGUUGCGGUACACAUUAAUGCAUUCUUAUUUUGUUGCCCUUUGAAUGUGAUACAGGUAGCCAUGUUGUCAAAUGAUUCCCGCGUGGUGCUAAUUUUCCCGCGCGCGAGGACGAGAACAAAAGAGAACAAUAGAAAUAUGCACAUUUUACUAUUAUCAUAAUUUACGCAUUUGGUACGGCUCAUCACAAGCACGGCUGUAUGAAUCAACCCGUGCUUUAGCCGUGAAACACGUUUGAAUCUAGCCUGCGUGUCAGGCUAGCCUGAACCAGGCGAACUUUUUAAUUCGGCCGUGCAUGCUUAAUAUAAAGUACAGUGCUUAUCCGUGCAUGCUUAAUAUAAAGUACAUAUGCAUUGCUUAUGAAUUAAGUACAGAGCCAUUCUCAUGUACUUAAUUCAGUAAAUUAAGUUCGGCUCAUGAAAAGUAUGGCGUCUAAACCGGCUCUAACACUGUAUUAGAUUAUUCAUAACCUGCAUGAGUUCUUGCAAACGAAGCAAUAUGAGUGUUGGUUUGAGUGAAGCUGAUACAGUAAAUAACAUUUCCGGCUAAUUAAAUUUAAGAACAAAAAAUGCAAUUUACUUUAGUUCCUUUGUUACAAUCAAGGCCAGAAUCGAUUUGGACACUCAGUUAAUUUUGAAAAAGGUGUAUAAUAUUGAUGAAACGUAUCUUUAUGCCCACACCCCUACUUGCCUUCCCCAAUGUUGGUUCUUAUGGUGAUGUCCACAUUGUAACAAUUGGUUGGGGGAGAGGGGGAUUUAUGGAAGCCAACACUACUGGACGCAUAUAUUUAUGAGUCGUCCAGGCGCCGGUUGUUUAAAAGGCGGUUAGCUUAACACUGGGUUAAUGUGAAAUUCAAAGCAUACUUCCCAGUAGCUUGUUUAUAAAAUUGGAAAUAUUUUUUCAGAAAUCUUGUCUCGAUCAUCGGAAGUUUAAUUUUCUAAAAAAUUUCGAAAUAAACAGUCGUACAUAUAUACAUAAACCAAAGCAAUGGGUUCAAUUUAACCUACGGUUAGCGCUAAUCCUUCUUUCAAUAACAGACCCCUGGGACCGGUUGUUCAAAAGCCGAUUAGCUUAACCCCAGGUUUACCUAAAAUUCAAAGCAAACUUCCCAACAGCUUGUGUAUAAAUUUGGAAAUAUUGCGUUAGAAAUCUUAUCUGGAUCAGUAGGAGUUGUCUUCUCUGACGUUUUGAAAUAAACAGACGUGCAGAAAUACAUAAACCAAAGCAGCGAGUUAAAUUUUAACCAUGUAGGGUUAGCGCUAAUCCAGCUUUGAACACCCCCCCCCCCAGAUGAUUUUGGCCUAGCCCUAGAGUUUAGUUUUUGUUGUAGUUCAGUUUUAAUGUAGUCAAUUUGAUUUUUACUUUCCAGAAAAUGUAUAACAUCGCAACAUCGAAAGCAAGAACGAUAUCUCGUGGUAAACAUCGUGAUAAGCGAAGUUUCGUUCACUAA